AAAAAAAAAAAAAAAAGAAAUCACAAAUGAGGGGAGACUAAAGGUAUGCCGGAGGAAUGAUGAUGUUCAUCCCCCAUCCCAUCCCAUGCUUAGCCCUUCUUGAUGCCUCGUUCCCAUCUGGGUUCCCGUUCGAACUAAUGCCGAUCCGAAACUCUGGGAAACCAGACUGGCCCUGGAGAAAAUGAGGGGCGCUUAGAUUUGGAGACAUGCAUCCGAAGUCAUGCGAUGAAUCAGAAUUUGCAGUCCCCGGAGGGUCCCUGUUCGACAACAGCCAGGAGAUGAGUAGAUGGAGUUACGUCGUAUUCAGUGAUUCACAGUAUUCGGGGGCGUCGUCGAAUCCAGUCACGUUUUACCCGCGGAGAAUGGUUCCUUGUCACCUGACCCCCGGUCAAGGUUUUCCACCGGCGUAGUACUUCUCAUGUAAUUACUCCCUCACUAUUGACCUUGGCUGUUGGAGAUGCACCGUCAUCCCAUACAAAUUAUAAUAACUUCUCAUGCCUCCCCGGUGUUCGUUCGGUCUUGGCAAAUUCUUUCCCCAUCCCAGGAACUCAGGAGUACUCUGGAAACUUGGUUCGGUUUGAGAUUUCUCUUCUCCCCCAAAAGUACAGCACAAUAUACAUACCAUCUCACUUUAUCCUCCUUCCUUUUCUUGUUCCUGUCCAGUCUGGAAGAGGUAAAACACCGGGAUCAGCCGACGCGGUACCAACCAGCCGACUCCACUGUGAUCACUGACAGUCCAGUCAGUCAUACGAUGUACAUUCCCCAUAGAAACAACAAUAGCCGAAACUUAAAUCCUACUAUUUUCCCACCAUGGUUGGGCUAUCGGCGGCGUUUCGAGAACGUUGCCAUCAGGAGAGGUUCGUCAACUAUUCGGUCUUGGCGGAAUAGUCUGGAUUCCCUUCACGAAACAUCUUAUGUGGAUUGACUUCACGUGAAUUUUGUUUUUCGAUAAUGGCUGGAUUGAUGUCCUCAAACGUAGGAGACCCUUAUACAGGGUACUGAAGGUACCUUUGGGGGAGAAAAAGCAGUAGAUCCGGGAUUUGCCAGUCAAGGAUGACUCGUAUCCUAGGAGUUAAGAGUAGACGUAGGAAUGAAAAAAAA